AUGUCAUGGUCACCAGCCAGUGCCACCCGCCUGCCGCAUUUAAAGGCGCUGUCACAAAACAGAGUAGCGCCAAAUAUAUUCUUUUUGGCUGCUAUUCCGUCAUUGUUCUCUGACUCUUCUUACUCGCUCUUUUUAUCUUGUUUCUUCUUGUCCUUACUCUCUUUUCCAUUACAUUGUCAAGUCCCUUCUGUCUUUCGACCCAUUUUCCCUUCAACCAGACUUUAUCGCAAUCACACGUCUCCCUAUCGUUCUCUGUCUGUCGCUGUCCGUUUUUAUUUCUUUCAUCUCUUGGUGUUUUCUCAUUACUUUUGUGACUUCCAUGUUAUCUCGCUUGCUAAUUUUUUCACCAGAUUUUUUUUUCCUUUCUUUCUCUCUCUUUUUUUUUUUCCCACCCUUUUUAACUCCUUAUUUUUUUGUCUUUUUGACAUUUUUUUUCAUUCUUCCUCUCUCCUUUUAUCCAUCAUAUGUUCUCUUCCCACUCCUUUUCUUUAUAUCACACUUUCCUUAUUGUACAACAGAGUUUGCUUUCUUUCCGCCUCCUCCUCCUCUUCUGCUUUGUUGACAUUUGUCACAAUUUUUCUUUCCUUCCUUCAGGCAUAUUCUUCAAAAUUGCAUACCAAAUAUGAAGAGACAAAGAAAUCCGAACUGGAAUUUUGCAACAAACUGAUAGAGUGUCAACAGGAAUUGAAAAAGAGAAAACAGCAGAUGAUGGAAUUGGAGAAGAAACUUGCCACCCAAAAAGAGAGAAAAAAUGUUGGUGUUCAGACUGAAAAUAUCUACCAUGACAAUUCCAAAUCACCAAAUGACAAUGCUUUUCUUUAUGGAUUUCCAACAACAGCAGAACCAAAAAGACCAAGAGAAACGUUUCCUUCUUUUCCUACACUGAAGAUGUCUACAGAACUUUCCAAUACUGAAUCUAUUAAAGUGACCAAUCCUCUGGUCAAUGUGGUUGAAUCUUCCAUGACUGGGACCACUUUGGUCAACGAUCUACAAAGACGAGUACAGAUAUUAGAUGAAAAAUUGUUCAGUAUCCAGCAGCUUGCUUUACUUAAGCACAAACCAACCAUAUUUAUUCCAUUUCAAUUCAUCAUCAAUUUGCUGAAUUUCUUUCUUUUUCUCCCUUCUUUCUUUCCUUUCUUUCUUUUUAAUUAUCUGUUUUUUGUCCUUUCUUUAUAUUUCACUUUUUUAAUUGCCUUUUUCUUUUUUUUUUCUUUUCUUGCUUACUCAAAACUGUUUUCUCAUUCUCUUUCACCUUUUUAUCCUCACUUCUUCUUUUUUAGUUUUUCCUUUUCUUUCUUCCAUUUUCUUUUUCUUCAACCAUGUUUGUUCUUACUCAACAUCAUCUUUCACCUUCCCACUCUCUUGUUUCUUUUCCCAUUUACUACAUACCACUCUAUUCUAGAUGCUUGUCUUUUUUUAUCCUCUUACUUCUGUUUCUCCUACUUCUUCAUUUUCUCUUACUUUCUCUCUAUUUCUCUACCCUUCCUCUUUUUUUCUUUCUUUCUCUUCAUUCUCUUACUUAAAACCCAUCAUCUUUCUUUGUUCGUUUUUUUCUUUUUACUCUCACAUCUCCUUUUUAUUAAAUGUUUACUUCCUCCCCUUUCCUUCUACUGUUACUCUCUUUUCUUCUCUCUCAUUCUAUUUCAUAUCCUUAUAUUCAAUCUCUUUUUAUCGUUUUUCUUCCUUGUUCUUUUCCUUCAGGUCUUCAUCUUUAUUUCACCGUCUUUGUUCUUGUCUACAUUUUUUUUCUUUCCUGCAUGUUCUUCGACCAAAUAUUGUUACCUCAAAGCCUCGCCAACCCGGCUCAGUGUAUGCCUCCAUUUUUUUUAUACUUUGUAA